UCAUGACGGGUUACCUUCCACUUGGUUUUGAGUUUGCUGUCGAAUUGACUUACCCAGAGUCUGAGGGGACGUCUUCAGGACUUCUAAACUGCUCUGCACAGGUAUUCGGGAUCAUAUUUACAAUCUGUCAGGGGAAAAUCAUGGAUUCGUUUAAUACUCUGGCUGGAAAUCUCUUCCUGUGUGCCUUCCUGUUGGUAGGAACCAUCAUUACAGCUUGUAUCAAGUCGGAUCUGCGCAGACAGUUGGCAAACCAGCAAGCACUGGCAGCUGUAAGUAUCAAACCAAACUUGUCAGCAAAACAUUUACGCAAUUACACUUUACAAUUACACUUUAUACAUUAUAAAUGUGAUAUAUUGUGAUAGAAAUCAGAUUAAGGUUUUCAUGACCUUCCCAUCCAGAAAUAAGUUCAUGUUUUGUAUUUUCUGCUAGUGUGUCUCUUGUUUGUCAGAUUGAUGCAGCAGAAAUCUUUUUAUGCCCACUAACAUAUGCUGCAGAUACUAGAGAA